AUGGCUGGCAUGUCAAGAUGCCGAAUACCGACUCGAGGCUUUGCUAGUCAAACUCCGUUGCGGCAGCAAACGGCUCCAGCCAGCCCGCGGAAUUUGAAAUGGGAUAGCAAGAAUACAUCUACAAUUCGAUGCUUACCAUAUUUAAUUCUCCAGAUAUGCCAACAAACCGGUUGGAAUGGACAACCUGUCUCAACACAUCUCACAAACACCGAUACGGGGUCUCGCGUUACUCCCGUCACAGACUCUCGCCGUCUUCGAAUAACAUUCAAUGCUUCCGUAUCUGAUGUUUUACCCUGGAAAUUCACUCCCCAGCAGCGAGAAGUGCGAGUUCUUCCCGGAGAAACGGCAUUGGCCUUUUAUACCGCUUCGAAUAAAGGUGACCAGGAUAUCAUCGGCGUCGCAACGUACAGUGUGACUCCAGCUCAGGUUUCGCCAUAUUUCAGCAAGAUUCAAUGCUUCUGCUUUGAGGAGCAGAGACUGAAUGCUGGAGAAACUGUUGAUAUGCCCGUCUUCUUCUUUAUUGAUCCAGAUUUCGCCAAGGAUCCUGCCAUGAGAGGAAUUGACACCAUCACACUAUCAUAUACAUUCUUUAGUAUGUCAACCAACCCUUCUCCUCAUCCAUUCCCUGAUAACUUUUUCUUUGAGUAUUUGUGCUAA